AUGGUCAAGACGUACAUUCUCGCCCCAAACCAGACAACCGCGCCAGACGACCUCAUCAGGCUGGGCCAUAUUCUUGAUGACAUCACGGAUAUCAGGGAGUUCGAGCCCCUCAACCCUGACGACAUUGUCCCAAUAGACAAGACGAGAACCGAUACCAAGAUUGGCUUUACAUCAUCGCGCCAGAAACUCAUAUCUGGGGAGUUUGGUGUGUUUGCCAAGAUCCUAGGACUGAUCGGAGUAGGCGCAGGUGCUGGUGUCUACAAUGGCAAGGAUAAGCACAGCAUUCUAUCCUGCAAGUCACUGGAAACCCAUACCUUCAGUCCUAACAAGACCUACAUCGAGAAGUGUAUGAAGCUACCCGACGUUGACAACUUCAUGCAGGGCGCCAAGUACAAGGCGCCCGUAUAUCUGGUCACAGGUCUGAAGAUCGGCCGCGGAACUUCUUUCCAGAGUGGCAGCUCAGUAUCCAGAGGGGCAGCUUUGGAGGUGGGUAUCAGCGUUCCAGGAGCCCCCGUGGAAAUCGGCCCUAGCGCCGGUGUUCAUUUAACUACGGCCGAGGGGGAAAGCUGGGGGGGAUCUACGGAUUUUGUCGUGGCGUAUCGAGUGAAAAGGAUUCGGUAUCGCCAAGGCGAGAUUGAAGCCAAGACCAAUACGGCCAAGGCAGUGAUGCAGGAUGGAAGCGCUACCCAUCAAGGCCCUGCCAUGAGUUUGGACAUAAGUGAUGAUGUUUCUAUGUCCGAGAUUACAACUCAGACCUUCUUGACGAUGGAGAAGGAUCUUGAAGGCGAAGAAAGCGAUGAGGGGCCUGAGGAGGUGUAUUGGGUCGUUCCAGGCCAGUAG